CCCCCCCUUCCUUUGGAGGGAGGCAUUUGAAUGGCUGUGGGAAAGAAAUCCAUCCAUGCUGGCCGAUUGAAAGUAACCAAGAGAGUCAAGGUUGAGACGUUCCCAUUUCAGGCUUCCGCUGCAAACACUCCAUCACCAAGAUUGGGGGUGGAAAAUACCAUCAAGUCACAGCCAAUUUCAUAAGGUUUUCAAUGCAAGAGACAUUCAGAGGUGGUUUUCCAUUCCUUGCCUCUGAGAAGUGACUCUGAACAUGCUUGGAGGUCUCCCAUCCAAAUACUAACCAGGGUUGACUCUGCUUAGCUUCUGAUACCUGGCAAGAUUGAGCUAGACCAGGCCAUCCAAAUUCUAAAGCAGACCGAUACCUACAGCCAAGGGUGGAGAUGGAAGGGGAAAGCCCCACUGACCUUCCCAAACAGGAAGAGAGCAUGGAAGGAGUGGGAAAACAUCCCCUGACGGGUCUCACAGAAUGCACAGUAGGACAGCCAAAGUGGAGAGUAUCAGGCCAAGAAUUAUGUAAGGGCCAGCAACAUCCCUGGGAUGCCCGGUAUCAGGAUUUCCUGACAGGGCUGGAACACCCUCGCAAGGCAAGUGGGAAUCUGCUGCUGAUGGACUCUACCCCGUGCAAUAACAUCAAAGCUUUCCUGUCCUCCUUUGAACAAAUCGCUGAAGCCUGUCGCUGGCCAAGAGAUGAGUGGGUGAGCCGGCUCCUACCUGCGCUUAGUGGAGAAGUCGUGCGUUUCUUUUGCCAUUUGGAAGCUGGAGACAGGGAGGACUACGGGAAAGUGAAGGCUGCCAUCUUGCGAGGGAACACCAUGCGCGUGGAGAUGCAGCGCCAGCAAUUCAGACAGUUCCGCUGUCAGGAGACGGAUGACCCGCGAAAGGUUUACAGCCAGCUGAGAGAACUUUGCCACCAGUGGCUGAGGCCUGAGAGACACACCAAGGAGCAGAUUCUGGAGCUACUGAUCCUGGAGCAGUUCCUGGCCAUCCUGCCUCACGAGCUACAGAGGUGGGUCAGGGAAGGGGGACCAGAGAAUGGAACCCAAGCUCUAAGCCUGGUGGAAGAUUUCCUGAUGAAUCAGCAAAAAGCUGAGACGUGGAAGUGGAAGUGGCAGGUACCGAUUCCAGAGGUAGCCAGGAGUUCCCUAGAGCUGGAUAGGCCUCUGCCAGACUCUAUUCAGAGUGUGACCUACACGGACAGAAAGCCAAAAGAUGACAGGGACAUUGGUUUGCUGGCCAGCGGAAUAACAUUCCCAAGUCCUCCCGACCAACAGGAAACAGCAGAAACAGGCCUAACAGAGGGUCCCACAAGCUUCAAGGAGAUAGACUUGUCUUUCGACAAGGAUGAGCAGACUCUGGUGAUUUUGGGCCAGAGGACCAUGUUCUGGCAAGUCAAAGAAGAGAUCUCUGAGAACGCAGCAUCUUUGGAGGGACUUCUGAGUCCAAAGAUUGACCCAGUUUUCCAGCCAGGGAAAGGGGAGAUAUUCUUAAAGGACCCAGAUUCAGGUGAAGGGACAAAGAUCAAAGUGGAGAAUUCUCAUCCAGGAGGGGGUGGUCCAGGGCAAAAACAGACAGCAUUACUGGCAAGCCCCCAUGGGAAUGUUUCCAUGGCCACUGACAUUCCAGAACUUAGUUUCAAGUCCAAAGAACAGCAAGGAGAAAUUGACAGUGUUCUCAGGGAUCGCACUGCGGCGCCCAUGAAUGAAAGUUUGAUACACCUUGGGUUAGAACAGCCUUUGUCCUCUAAGGAUGGGCAAAAAUACUGCUACAAAUUGGAACUGGUUAAAACACAUGAAGGGGAGAACCUUUAUGCAUGCUCUGUGUGUGGGGAGAGAUUCCAGGAAAAAUUCUGCCUUGAUGAACACCAGAGAAUGCACACAGGCGAUAAACCAUAUGAAUGGUCAGAGUGCUCUCAGAGGGAAAUCUGGACUAGACAUCUGAGCAGUGAUAUGGAAGAGAAGUCUUGUGAAUGCCCUGAGUGUGGCAAAGGUUUUAGCUGCAGAGCAACACUAACAAGGCACCAGAGAAUCCACACUGAAGAGAAACCACAUGAAUGUUCUCACUGUGGUAAAAGCUUCAGCCAGAGAACAAACUUAAUGAGCCACCUGAGAAUCCAUACCGGGGAGAGACCAUAUCAGUGUCCCCAAUGUGGGAAAGGGUUCCGGUGGAAACUACAUCUGAAGAGACAUCAAAAAAUCCAUACAGGAGAAAAACCUCACGAAUGUUCUGAAUGCGGGAAAAGCUUCUCCCGGAGAGAUACAUUGAUCAAUCAUCAGCGAACACAUACAGGAGAGAAGCCCUAUGAAUGCCCUGAGUGUGGGAAGAACUUCAAUCAUCCAUGUAACUUGAUUGAACACAAGAAAACCCACACAGGAGAGAGACCACACGCGUGCUCUGUGUGUGGUAAAAACUUCUUGAGGAGAGAUACGUUGAUCAAACACCAGAGAACUCAUACAGGGGAGAAGCCUUAUGAAUGUGUCGACUGUGGAAAAACUUUCAAUCACCCAUGUAAUUUAAUUGAGCAUCAGAAAACUCAUACAGGGGAAAAACCACAUGAAUGCCCUAAGUGUGGGAAAAACUUCUCUCGAAGAGACACGUUGAUCAAACAUCAAAAAACCCAUGCAGAGGAAAAACCUUAUGAAUGUCUUGAGUGUGGGAAAACCUUCAUUCAGAAGAAGGCAUUCAUUAGGCAUCAAAUAAUUCAUUUAGGUCAUAACCCAUUUUAUGUUCUGCGCAUGCUCGCGCAGAUAUGGAUCUGCACGCGGCCCAGCCCUGCCUUUUCCUGGGCGGGGAGAAAUGCACGGGUCGGUUUUUUUUCCUUGCCAGAGAGAGAUCUUGAGAAACCCGUAACGAGACUCCAGACUCUCUUCUCCUUUCUUUAUCCAAGUGGCGGAAGAGGGCAGCUACUGGACAUGCCUGCUGCAAAGAGACCCUCUGUGUCCUUUGAGGAGUUGGCUGUGUUCUUCUCACAGGAGGAAUGGGCUCUCUUGGACCCAGGCCAGAGAGCUCUGUACUGGAAGGUCAUGCAGGAAAAUUUUGAGACUGUGGUCUCCCUUGGACUUUGGAUUCCUGGUUCAUUCCUGGGCUCUCAGCUGCAUCUGAGGGAAAUGUGGUUCCUCCACAGCUCUGAGGAAUUAGGAAGAUGUGAAGCUGUCAUGUCAGACAGGACCUCAAGAGAAGAGGAAGGCCUUGCCUCAGAAGAAGCAAAUGAGAGCUUAUCAGGAGCAUCUCAAGAGGAUAUUUCCUUGCCGAAUGAGUUGGCUGAGGCAGCACACAUGUGGGAGAUGGCAAGUGAGAAGGAACCAGAAAGGGUGAUUGAGGAGAGAGAUGAAAAUCUCAAGGCAAAAAUGGAAUCUGGAAAUGAAGUGACAACAAAAAUGCAGCAGAAGAGGAAAGUGAAGCAGAGGAAGACUUUGAUUGCUCGUCAGAGCAGUAGUGCAUGUGAGGUCUCUAGCCAAGAACAAAUCCAUAAGAGAAAUAUGAAUGCAGGUGGACGAAUCUGCAAAUCCAGUAUGAAAACACAUCAGAACAUUAAAACUAACCAGAAACCAUGUAAAUGUUUGGAGUGUGGAAAAAGCUUCUCUCACAACAGUAACCUAACUCACCAUCAAAGGAUUCACACAGGGGAGAAGCCAUAUAAAUGUUUGGAGUGUGGAAAGAACUUCUCUCAGAAUAGUGACCUAAGGAUUCAUCGAAGGAUUCACACGGGAGAGAGGCCGUAUAAAUGUUUGGAGUGUGGGAAGAAUUUCUCUCAGAAUAGUGACCUAAGGAUUCAUCGAAGGAUUCACACGGGAGAGAGGCCGUAUAAAUGUUUGGAGUGUGGGAAGAGCUUUUCUGCAGGAAGGCAGCUAACUAACCAUCAAAGAGUUCACACAGGAGAGAAGCCAUAUAAAUGCCUUGAAUGUGGAAAGAGUUUAUCUAGUCAUAGCAGCCGAAAUGCACAUCAUAGGGUUCAUACAGGAGAGAAGCCGUACAAAUGCAUGGAGUGUGGAAAGAGCUUUGCUCAAAGGGGCAACCUAACCACACAUGAAAUGAUUCAUAAUGGGGAGAAGCCAUAUGAAUGCUUUGAGUGUGGAAAGUUCUUCCGUAAGAGGGACAAGCUUAAUACACAUCAAAGAAUUCACACAGGGGAAAAGCCAUAUAAAUGCCUUGAAUGUGGAAAGAGUUUCUCUAGUCAUAGCAGCCGAAAUGCACAUCACAGGAUUCAUACAGGAGAGAAGCCGUACAAAUGCAUGGAGUGUGGAAAGAGCUUCUCUGAAAGUAGCGACCUAACUAAGCAUCGAAGAAUUCACACAGGAGAAAAGCCAUAUAAAUGCUUGACGUGUGGCAAAAGCUUCAGUCAGAAGAGCCAGGUAACAGUACACCAAAAGGUUCACACAAGACAGAAGCCAUAUAAAUGCUGAGUGUAGAAAGACCUUCAGUCAAGCAAAAGCUUUAGCUUGCUCCCAAAUAUUUCCAUACAGCAUAGAGGACUAGAACCAAGGACUUGAGGGCAUUGCUCCAUUCUGCCUUCUUUGGGUAUCUAAGCACCAACGGCAGUUGUAGUCCCUCCUUGUUUAGUAACAUGCUAUUUUCCUGCCUUUUCUGAUCCCAGAGACUUUUUCUCUCCCCCUUUUGAUACCGCUGCCACCAACUGGUCUUUGUGGGGAUAACCUGUUGAGAGGACUCCUGCUCCCAUCUUUUCUUCCCUGUCUCGUGGCUGCAUCUCCCCCUAUCCUGACCUGCUAAUUACACUGGCAACAGCCUGCACUUGUCUACCACUGAGGGGUUAGCAGUUUGCCAACUGACAGCAAACUUCUCCUACCAUCCAGUUUAAAUAGUGUGUUUGAAAAUUAUAACAUGUUUACUAAAAAGAAAAUGUCCACAUGAGGCUCCUCCCCACUCGCUAAAGAGGCAUUGACACCUCCUGGACCCACCUAGCCAACCACCUCCUCCUUGUUAGCUUUAAUUAGCCGUGAUUGGCAAGGAUCAAGGGAAAAAGGGGCUCAGCUGCAACCCUGCAAAUUACUUGUCCAUGUCUUCAGGCUGCCACAACUGAAACUGAUGCCAUACAACCUGACCAGAUAGUUCCACCUCAGGAUUAUCCAAAACCAUGGAGUCCAAAUCCCUAUGAAUCUGAGUUACUUUGUUGCUCUGAAAAUGCUUUGAAAAAUCAUCACAGCUGACUUCCGAUGAUGGGGCUGACUUCCGAUGAUGGACGCAAUGAAGAUGGAGCAGUCGGCUCUCUUCACUGCCAUCUGCUAGGCUUGAUAGUGAACUCUCACCGAUGCCCAGUCAGAUUUGCGGUGGGUUUACCUCCAUGUGCACUCAAGCUGUCAGCCCAACCGCUUUAUGGCCCUAAGUCCCCCAAUAAAGCAGGGGGCCAUCUGGGUUCUACCAGAGGGACGAGAACACUUUUUACUGACUAGUGAUGUAAAUAGUGAUUUCAACUGAUUUGACUUGAAUCCAUCCUGGCUAAUAUGCAUUAAAUGUAUGCAUUAAAUGUAUGGUUUAGUUCUCUAUUACCUAGCAGAAUUUCUACUGCUGUAGACUCACGUUUUAUCUAUUCAUGCUUACGUGUUCCAUAUUAUUAGCUGAAAUCAUACACAUUUUUCUGGUGGUUUUGUAUCCCUGCCUUUCGCAUAUUGAUUCCCACACCAAGCAUCUGAUUCAGUUCACGAUUUGCUUCUGUAGAUCAUUGUGCUGUGAUGUCUUCCAAUAAACUGUUUAAUUCAGACUUUGAA